AUGCCGGAGCUGAAAUCGCGUCCAAACUCUGUUUGCGUUUUACCUUUAUACCGUGUCAAGACAGAUAUAAAUGCUCUUCCUACACGAGUUUCUAGAGCACUUCAGCACACACAAGAUCACAAAGGAUACAUCUUUACAAGAACAACACAAACAAAGUUAUCUGCCACUUAUCUGAGGACGACGCAAACGCCGUUUAAAACUUCAUUAUCAGAGAGGAACUAUCGCGUUGCUAGUGCAUCAGUGUUGACCCCAAGAGGGGUUUCGACGGGAACUCAUUCUCUCGGAAUGUCGACCAAAGAUGGCACAACAAGUAUGUCUACAUUGCACAGUCAAACCACAGACAGCGGAAGUAUUUCACUUGUUCCUGGCGUUUUUCAACGAAAGAAACCAAAACCGAGAAUUUUUGUCCGUUAUCGUCAAUUAUCUUCUGAAGAACGAGUGUUACACUGGCUUUACACGUCAUGUACUCAUCCUUUAAGGACGUUACCCUUGCUGUGA